GACAGAUACUAAUUUUAAAUGAUCUUCCUUUUCUUCAAAUAGCUCUUACAUUAUUUAUUACAAAGUAUGGGCAUUAUUUGCUUUACAAAUAUUUAAAAAUGAGGAUAAAAUAUUUGAAAAGAUUGUCAUUUAUAACUAAUGAUUUUUACCAGACUAGUGGAAAAGUUAAGAAUAUUUCUGUAUCAGGAAUUCAACCGCUGUAUAUUAGUGGCAGAAAUAUGAGCGGGGAAUCUACAGAAAUUAAUAAAAAUUCACUGGAAGUGGUGUUAAAGGAAUUAAAUAAAUUUGCUGACUUAUCCUUGGCAGAGAAAUGGGAUAAUGUUGGACUUCUUAUAGAGCCAGCGACUCAGAGGCCUGUUAAUAAAAUUUUAUUAACCAACGAUUUAACAGAAGUUGUUAUGCAAGAAUCAAUCGAAAAAGAUAUCAGUCUUAUAAUUUCUUACCAUCCACCAAUAUUCAGCCCUCUUAAAAGAAUCACUCAAGCAAAUUGGAAGGAAAGAAUUGUUUCAAGAUGUCUUGAGAAUAAGAUAGCUGUGUUUUCACCUCAUACCAGCUGGGAUGCAGUGUAUGGGGGUGUGAAUGAUUGGUUGGCUGAUGCAUUCAGUUGUUAUAUAGAACCCGAUGGCAUACAGCCUUUGACUCCUUCUUCAAAUAAUGAUGUUCUAUAUGUUGCAACAAUUAUUGGUUCUCCAGAAUCAAUCACUAGAAUUAAAAAGAGUGGUAUAUCUGUGAAAUUUUCAGAGAGUUAUGUAGAAGAUGCUAAAGAAAUAUGUACUGCUGUAUGUGAUAAGGAAAUGCUGAAGAACCUGAAAUCUCUUCAUAGUGAUGUAAACAUUGGAAUAAUGGAAUGUGGAAAGAAUGGGAAAAACUUAACUGGAAUGGGUCGACUAUUACAAGUUUCUAAACUUACAAUCGCUGAUUGUGUUCAUCUCAUAAAGCAACAUACUGGUGUUUCUCAUGUACGAUUGGCUUGUGCUAAAAAUCAAUCUGAAGGUUCUCCUGUUAAAACAAUCGCAUUAGUUCCUGGUUCAGGAGGAAGUCUUUUAAAAGGAAUAAAAGCAGAUCUGUUUGUAACAGGAGAAAUGUUUCAUCAUGAUGUUCUUGAUGCUAAUCAUAAUGGCUCAUCAGUUAUAUUAACAAACCAUAGUGAUUCUGAAAGAGGAUUUUUGGCCAAAAUGGCAGUUUUAUUGAGUGAUGUAUUUAAAAAUAUUAAAAUUGAAAUUUCCUCUUUUGAUGCUGAUCCACUAAAAACAGUUUAAUAUUUCCAUUUAAUGUAUAUUAUAAGCAUUAUAUUUAACAAGUUGGAAUAAAU